CUGAUGGUAAAAAAGAGAAAGUUUCAAAGAUGGCGGAGUAGCCCUGCCUGUCCGCUGAAAAACAAUAGAAACAGCACAGAAGGGACAGUUAGCCCGUUCUAACUGGACGAAUCCGCGCUAAAAACCGUACAUAUCCCGACUCGGGCUCGACCAAGUGGGGAGGAAUACCCGCGCCGGGAACCUCGGGAGGAAUAAAUAAAGUAUGAUGCUUUAUUUAAGCGUUUCAGGCUAGCUACCUAGCCUGCUAGUCGAGCUAACGUUAGCCCAACGGUAGUGUUAGCAGCUAGCGGCUAACGGCUACAAGGAGGCGGAGGAUCAGCUGUUUGUAGACAGAUGCUGUAGGAAGGAGCGGACAGCAACACUUUCACAGUAAGUGAAUUUAAAACUUAAAUACACUUAAAUUAUCUGGAAAGUCUUGUCGUUUGUUUUCUCGUAGUGUUGGAUACAAUAAUGGGGUUAUUAGCCGAGUAACGGCUGCCAAGUUUGUGAAGUUGUUAGCCAGCGCUAGUCAGCUAACUAGCUAGCCCCGAGCUAACUACUUAAUACUCGAGCAGAAAUAAAGUUUCAGACAAGUUGGAGACCCGUUAUGAUGCUCCCACGGAGGGUAACCUUAUCCGUAACAAAUACAUGGAAGUAAAGACAGAGGCCUACGCGAGCUAGCUCCAAAAACAACCCGAUUUUAAUUGUUAUUAAAGGGAUUUUCGACGCUCCAACUUUGAUUUUUUGAGUGCAGGAAUGUUGCUAACUUAACUUAGCUCAACGGCAGUUGGUGCGAUAGCGAGACGCGACCAACGGCACACUGGUUCAUUGAUUUGAAAGGUAAAUUAUGUAUUUACUUGGGUUUGUCUCAGGGAUAAAUCAGAGGGGUUUUGGGGUUAAACUCCGGCUCUAACAGGACUCUAUUAGCUCUGUUUUUUUACACAGUAAGUUAAAAGAGCUGUUGUGUAUAACGCGAUUUAUAAUAUACAGUGAGUAAAAUCAGGAGGCUGAAUGGUAUUGCACCCACAAACCUGUAAUUUUCUUCGGCAGUGAGUGCCGCUGUGACUGAAGGCCAUUAGCAAGACAAAGGUCGCCUCCAUGGAGCCAGCACAUGAGUCUUUGUAAAGGGCGAAGGGGGGUAUAUAGACGCCCAGAGUGAGAAACAAAAAAAAAAAGGCAAAUUCAGCAUUUUAUGGACGAAACCUGAGCCGGGAGUUUUUUUUUUUUUUUUUUUUAACAAGUCUUUAUUGAUGAUGGCGGAUUUUGUUACACCGCGACACAGCGCGGUGAUGGAGAGGCUCCGCCGGAGGAUCGAGCUCUUCCGGCAGCAUCACAACAGCUGCGAGAGCCGCUACGAGAACGCGACGCUGGAGCGGCUGGAGCUGGAGAGGCAGCAGACCUUCGCCCUGCACCAGCGCUGCCUGCAGGCCAAAGCUAAGCGGUCCAACAAGCACCGGCAGCCCCAGCCCAGUAGCGGCGACCAGGCCGGGCAGAGAGUGCCCGGUGGCGCCGGCGGAGGCAGCGCAGAUCUCGGGGAGAGCGGAGGAGGCACCGCGGCAGAGCAGAGCCGGAACAGCACCCUGAUAGCGCUGCAGGAGACGGUGAAGCGGAAGUUGGAGAGCGCCAGUUCUCCGCUGGGACGAGAUCAGGUCAACGGUUUCAGCGAUGGCUUCCCCCCGAACAAGAAGGCGUGUCUGGACAACGGCACCGCCAACGGCUCGCCGCUGGACUCCAAGCUCGGCAUCAGCGACUCUCUGAACUCCAACGGGACGCACGGCGCGCCAGCGGGCGAAUCGGCAGGCGGCGGCGGCGGCAGAGAGCCGCCUUCGGACUUCCAUCGCAAGGAGAUGAAGCAGGAGCCCGACGACAUCCUGCCCAUCAUGCCGCCAUCGGGCGCCGGCGGCAACAACAACAGCCUCUUCCCCGACCUCAACCUCAACGAGCAGGAGUGGACCGAGCUCAUGGAGGAGCUCAACUGCUCCGUCGUCUACGAGGACAUCCAGGACAUUCUCAACGACGGCUUCGAGGACCGCAAAGACCCGCUGGAGCUGGCGUCGACACCCGGCGGCGCUGGAGCCCUAGCGGGAGGCCCGGCCUCGGCGUCCCAGGGUCUGCUUCCUCCAGAUCUCGCCAGCGUUAAGACGGAGUUCUCGCCGGCUAGCGUGGCUUUCGAGCAGGACUCUCGCACCGGCUCCCCCCACGUCAGAUCCACGUCCUCGGGGCCGCCUCCUCACCCCACCAGCUCCCCCGUCGCAUCCUCCUCGGCGUCCUCCCCGGCUCUGCCGCCCUCCCAGUCCCAGCCUGCGCCCCCCCCGCCCAGGCAGCUUCAGCCACCCCCGAACCACCUUCUCCCUCCGGGGCCCCCCGUGCCCAAAGACCUGUCUCCCGCACAGCAGCUGCAGCAGCUGGCCGCGCAGCAGCAGAGAGCGCAGCACCUCCACGGACAAAUGCAGCACAAGCAGCCACAGCCGGGGGCCAAGUUCCACAAUCAGGGGCCCCACGCGCACCCCCCGCCUUGGCCCCAGAUGGCCAACGCCUCUCAGAGCCCACUAGGGGGCGCGUUUGGUAUGGACAAGCCGACGAGCCCCUCUCUGUACCCGCAGGACUUCAACCCCAACGGGCAGAAGCAGCUGCUGAUGCCCGGUCAGCCCAACAAAGGCUCUCCCAAAGCGGGGGCCCAAAGCGGCUACAUGCCGGGCCCCCCAGGACACCCCAACAUAAUGGGUCACCCGACGUCGGGGCCGCCGCUCAGCCACCCACCGCCACAAGGCGGCGCUCAGGCGACGGCCGCCAUGCUGAACUACAACAACACCAAACCUUUGUCGCACUUUGAGGCGGGUCCCGGGCCCCCGCGGCUCCCCAACACCCAGAGCCAGAACAAGGCGGCGCUGCUAUCGCUGCUCCGACAGCAGCAGCAGAUCAAACAGAAGAACAGCAUGAACUUCCGCCAGCACAUACCGCACGCGCAGGACCAGAACCCCUACCCUGCCCCUCCACAUGGCCCGGGCCCCGCCAACACCAUGGCGCCCGCGCCCGGAAACAACGCCAUGACGGCCCAGCCGGGGGCGAACGCCAUGGCGGGUAAUCACGGUAACGCAGCGUACCUGAGCAGCCAGGUGGCGGUGGCGGCGGCGCUGAAACAGCAGCAUCAGCAGCAGAUCCUGGAGCAGCAGAAGCAGCAGUACAUGCAGAGACAGCAGCUCAUGGCUGAGCAGGAGAAGCAGCGGCAGCAGGACCAGCAGCUGCAGAGACACCUGACCCGACCGCCGCCACAGUACCAGGACCAGCCGGGACAACCGGCCAAUCAGAACCCUUUCCCACAGCCGCCAGUCAACCAGUUUACAGCUUCCUCUCAGCCAAUGGGCAGCGUCGGCUCCAUGGGAGGCCCCGCCCCCUCCCAGCGUAUGUUCCCUCAGACCCAGGGCAUGAUGGGUAUGAGCAUGGGGCAAGGUGGCGGCGGGCCAGCCGGCGGCGUGGCUCCGCCCCCUGCGGGCAGCCAGGCCGACAUCGGCCUGUCGUCCUGCGGGGGGGUAGGAGGAGGAGGAGGAGGAGGAGGAGGAGGAGGCGCGCCUCGCGUGGACGUGCAGCAGGUGCUCUACAACAACAUGAACCUUCACGCCGCGGCGCAGCAGGGCGGCCUGCAGCGGCAGCCUCUGGGCGCCAUGACCGCGUCCUACCGGCAGAACCUGCUGGCUCAGCAGCAGCACCUGAAGACGCAGCCCAACGCCGCCAUGUUGAAGCAGCAGCAGCAGCAGCUGGCCGCCCGCAGCGCAGCAGCUCGCAUGCCGGGCGCCAUGCAGGGCGCCAUGGGAGCCGGUCUGCAGGGACCGCAGAGUGGCGCCUGGCAGCAGCAGCAGCAGCAGUUGGGCAACCAGACAUCGUCCGGUAACUCCGGUUUACCGCCAAACGCCUUCAACAACGCCAACGCCUUUCACAUGCAGCAGCAGCAGUCUCGCAUUCCCAAGAUGCCGCCGGGCGCUACGCCGUUCGUCGGCGCUAACCCCGGCGGGCGUCCGAUAGUCGGUCGGAACGCGGUGCAUCAGAUGAUGCAGACAAACAUGGCCGCUGCUCAGCAGAGGGCGCAGCCCAACGCUCAAAGCCGCCAGCAGCAGCAGCAGCAGCAGCAGACUCAACAACAGGCCAAUCAGAGCCUCCCAGACCUGGCGGCGUUCGGACAGCCGCAGGGCAACGGGCGCCAGGGACUGCAGUGUAACCAAGGUUACCAGGUGAGCAGGACUGCCAGUCAGCAGCAGCAGCAGCAGGUGGCGUUCGGAUACAACGUGGCGUCGGGGAGCUUCGCAGGCGAGAGCGAGCUGGUGGACUCGCUUCUGAAGGGCCAGAGCACCCAGGAGUGGAUGGCCGACCUGGACGAACUGCUCGCCAGCCACCACUAGGAGAAGAUUUAACACUGUCGUGAUUUUUUUAAACAAACUAAAAGAGAUCCAGACGGGGAGGUCGGAGCGAUAGCGAUAGCGUUAGCCGGCCAGCUAACUUAGAGAGCAGCCAGCGGAUGAAUGCGAGUCUCCUCUAGGGUUGGGUAUCGUUUGGGAAUUUUUACGAUUCCGACGCUGAACCGAUUCUACGAAAAACUGAAAAAUAAAUGGGUUGUUUUUUUCGGCUGUUUCGGUGAGCCCAGAGGGGAAGAUAUGGCAUUGUUAAAGUAGCCUACGUUUACGGUAGCUAUAGCUAACGGUACACUACAGAGGAAGUGGGAUAUUGUUACGUACGCUUCGGAGCGACUGAGAGAAAAUAUUUCAGUCGUCACACUCGGUAGAACCCAAACGAGGAACCGAAAUUUACGUUCAUAUCCGGUCCGAUUCCUACCGGUUGCGUAGGAAUCGGUUCCACAGUGGAACCGGCUUUCGGUACCCAACCCUAGCCUCCUCUCCUCUCUGUAAACAUCUGGCUGACUGGCGAAGUCAUGAAGGAGCCGUUUGCUGUGUCACGUUCUCAUUAUAUUAUUCCCAAUAUAUCGGUAGAUGCUGAUCACAGUAGAGCUGCGAAGAUGAAUCGAUAAGUUGUCAAUGGGUUGCUUGUUUUGUCUCUAAAAUGGUGAAAAAUGUGGGUUUUUUUCAAACUGAUUUUAUUUUUAUUUUACUAUUUAUCAAAAAAUAGUUGUCGAUUUAAUUAAACGGUUGACAGCUAAUCGAUAAAACUUUCGCAGCUCUAAUGCAGAAGGCCAGCCACACGUGGAAACACACACACACAUUCUCACUCAGUGUUUGUAGUUUCACACGAGGCCAAAAUAUCUGUUGUUGACUUUUUUUUUUUCUUUAACAAAACCAAUGUCAGCCGAAAUCUAAAUAGGCCACAGAGGGGCGAACGUGUGAGCUUGUUUCGGACAGAUUGCAGAUAAUUGGUGCGUCACACACACACACACACACACACACACGAUCAUAAACACAUACAAUCAUAUACACACACCCAUACAGAGAGACACAUACACAGACACACACACACACA